AGUACUUCAGAAAAAUGUGACUUUCUCACAUGACAGAUACCGAUUGUUUCUUUGUUCUUGUUCUCUCAGGCCAAGCAGCUGCUUGGAGACGUCUGUGUCAUGAAAGAGGUGGUCCAGGGUGAGAGGUAAAGGCUGCUCCUCACUGGCUGCGUGGCCUUGGGCGAGUGAAUUUCCCUCUCCAAGCCUCAGUUUUUUCAUCUGUCAAAUGGGGCCAGGCCCGCUCGGUGGUUGCUGGAAUGGAGAGCUCCCUGGCCGAGCGUGCUAAGGGUGAGCACUUCCACGUGGUUACCCCUCUGCUGGAGAGCUGGGCGCUGUCCCAGGUGGCGGGCACAACUGUCUUCCUCAAGUGUGAGAAUGUGCAGCCAACGGGCUCCUUCAAGAUCCGGGGCAUCGGGCACUUCUGCCAGGAGGUGGUCAAGAAGGGCUGCAGACACCUGGUGUGCUCCUCAGGGGGCAACGCGGGCAUCUCGGCGGCCUACUGCGCCCGGAAGCUGGGCAUCCCUGCGACCAUUGUGCUCCCGGAGGGCGCCUCCCCGCAGGUGGUGAGGAGGUUGCAGGGGGAGGGGGCCGAGGUACAGCUGGCUGGAAAGGUCUGGGACGACGCCAACCUGCGGGCACAAGAGCUGGCCAAGAGGGACGGCUGGGUGAAUGUCCCGCCGUUUGACCACCCCCUGGUAUGGGAAGGCCACAUCAGCCUGGUGAAGGAGCUGAAGGAAGCCCUUGGGACGCCCCCGGGGGCCCUGGUGCUGGCGGUGGGGGGCGGGGGGCUCCUGGUCGGGGUGUCGGCAGGCCUGGUGGAGGUAGGCUGGCAGCACGUGCCCAUUGUCGCUGUGGAGACCCGAGGUGCACACUGUUUCAACGCAGCCAUCAAGGCUGGCAGGCUCGUCACGCUGCCGAACAUCACCAGUGUGGCCAAGUGCCUGGGUGCCAAGACAGUGGCCGCACGGGCCCUGGCGUGCACGCAGGAGGUGGAGAUCUUCUCGGAGUUGGUGGAGGACCGUGAGGCUGUGGAUGCUGUGCAGCGGUUCCUGGAUGACGAGCGCAUGCUGGUGGAGCCUGCCUGCGGGGCAGCCUUAGCUGCCAUCUACUCAGGCCUCCUGGGGAGGCUGCAGGCGGAGGGCCGCCUGAGCCCCUCCCUGGACUCCGUCGUGGUCAUCGUGUGUGGAGGCAACAACAUCGACAGCCGAGAGCUGCAGGCCCUGAAAGCCCAGGUGGGCCAGAGCUGAGGCCCCCGGCCUGGGAGGGCCGGCCGUGUCCCACCGAUCCCCCGGGGGCUCAUGGAUGGCCGAGGGAGCUGCCCUGUGCUUCUGUGCUGGCCGCCUCCUGCAGGAAGCCCUCCUGAACUGCUCCCUGACGCUCCUCUGCAACCCUGGCCAA